AGGGGGGACCCUGGGGCAGGGCGAGGUACGAAGCUGUGAAGAAGCACUUGGGAACUGUGGGUGCUCUUUCCAAGCAGUAUUGGCAGUACCUGGCGUGCUAGGAGGGCUGCAAAGAGGAGGAGGACGAAGAGGAGGAAGAGUCCAGUCCCAGGCCAGGCUGGAGUUUACCUCUGGUGGGCCAGGAUUACCUGGAGAUCCUCUCUGCCUGGUACUGCAGCUUCGGCAAGUGCUGCAAGACAGGAGACUGCAGGAUAGUCAACAAUAUCACAGGGCUAGAAGCAGACCUCAACGGGCAGCUCCACGGGCAGCACUUGGCCAAAGAAGUUGUCAUCCGGGCGGUGCAAGGGUUCCUGCAGAGCCCACGGCCGCAGAAGGCUCUGGUCCUCUCUUUCCACGGCUGGUCUGGCACAGGCAAGAACUUCGUGGCUCGGAUGGUGGCCAGUCACCUGUACCGGGAUGGGCUGAAGAGCGAGUGUGUCAGGGUGUUCAUCUCGCUCUUCCACUUCCCCCAUCACAACUACGUGGACUCGUACAAGGCUCAGCUGAAGAAGCAGAUAAGUGAGACUGUGCAGCUCUGCAAGCAGUCCCUGUUCAUCUUUGAUGAGGCAGAGAAACUUCAUUAUGGCCUCCUGGACGCCAUCAAGCCCUUCAUGGCUCACUCUGAUGAGGGCCACGUGGAUUACCGGAGAUCCAUCUUCCUCUUCCUCAGCAAUCUCGGCGGCAACACCAUCAAUGAGGUAGCCCUGGAUUUCUGGCGAGCCGGCCGGGCACGGGAGGAGAUCUCCAUGGAGCUCCUGGAGCAGCGGCUGCGGCUGGAGCUGCUGGAGCCUGCAGAGAACGGUUAUGCUCGCAGCCACCUCCUCGAAGAGAACCUCAUCGAUUUCUUUGUGCCAUUCCUGCCCCUGGAGUACCACCAUGUGAAGCUCUGCGCACGGGAUGCUUUCCUGGCCCGUGGACUUCACUACCGUGGACUUCCCUACGCCGAGGCAGCCCUCGACGAGGUGGCCAGCAUGAUGGUGUUUGUCCCCAAAGAGGAGAAGCUUUUCUCUGCACAGGGCUGUAAAUCUGUAUCUCAGCGCAUCAAUUACUUCCUUCCUUGA